UUUCACCCGCUGUCCUCCCGUCGUCUUAUCCAUUUCUCCCGCGACAACGACGGCGGCUUCGCCCAUUCCGUCGUGGGCCGGCGACGGCCGCCGCCGUGCCUCGCGCGGGAGGAUGGAGGGCACUCGCCAGGAGGUUGGAGGACGUUCGCCGGGGCGAGUGCUGCGGAGGCGACGCGGCGAGGCGGGGCGGUGGCGGUUGUUGACCGGCCGUCGUGCGUCGCGGGGGAGGAUGGAGGACGCUCGCCGUGGCGUGCGCGGCGGGAGGCGUCUGCUGCCGCGCUUCGAGGUGGAGCAGUGGCGUUGGUCGAGGAGGCAGAGGCAGCCAAGUCAAUGAGGCACUGGCGUCGGCCAGCGAAUUGGCGGCCGGAGCAAAGGACGACAGCUCCCGCCCUCGCUGCUGUCCGUGCGCGCCCGCGUGCUCGCCUCCGUCCGCGCCCUUCAGCUCGCCUCCGCCCGCGUCCUGCCGCGUGCCAACCGCGCCGGGAGACCGCCUUUGCCUGCCGCGCGCGCCUUUGCUCACGCCCUGCAGCUCGCCUCCGCCCUCGUCCUGCCGCGGUGAGCGCGAGCCUGCACCUGUGUCCGCGAGCAGGCAAAGCUGUGAGCUGUAUGCUUCUGAAUCUCUGACGGAUUUUUGCUCCCGUGGUUGAUUUGAAUCUCUGACGGAAAUCCUGCUCCUGUGUCCUUCUCAAACUCCUGCUCCCGUGUCCUUCUCGAACAAAGAAACCGUCCCGACCCGGAUUGGAGUUCACUGCUAUAAGUUGAAUUGUUCUUGGCCGGAAUCGUGAACCAGGCCAGCGCCACCAGCGAGCAGUGCACCGUCGCUUGGGUCUAACACCAUGCUCAGCAUCAUGUCGCCUUUGAGUACGCCGGAGGAACAGGCACCGAGUUCGCCUUUGAGUACGCCGGAGGAACCGGCACUGUGUUCGCCGGAAUUCUUGGUCCAGAAAAGCACUGUGAGUCCAACGGUGGCUACAACAGAGGUCCCAAAGACGUCUGAUAGAACUCAGGUGGAGGCCAAGGAGAUUCGGCUCUCGGACAUGCCACCAGUAACACUUGAUGAUAGCAACAUGCACACUAAAACAGAUGACACCUCUGAAAUGAACAUUCCAGAGGAUUUCGAUAACCGACCUUCAAAAAAAGCAAAAAAUUCUGAAUCAGGUGUUUUGGAGCCAUCACCAAUGUCAUUCAUGGCGUACAAGGACGAUUUGGAGUGGUCCCUUAGGGUACCGGCGACGGGGUUGUGGAGCAGUCGACGGGCUGUGACACGUGAAUUGAUACCAGGGUCACCAGCGUGCACCCGCGGCAAAGAAAGCGGCCAACAGUGGUCUCAACUAUGGCAAUCAGGAUUUAGGAGAUCGGCUUGGUGAUCUGCGUGGUGGGUGUGUCAUCUCCAUGCACUGGUAUGCUAUUGUUCUCCCUUUCUAUUAGCAUUUCUCAUCAAUCAAAUACAUAAAUUGGAUGUUCAGACAGAUUCUGGUCUACAGUUCGACCCAAAUGAAUCGAUGUUUCUGUACUAUUUCUGUUUACGUUGUUGUUUAGUUACUUUUUUUAUCGUCCUAUAAUUUCUCAGUUGUCUGACUUCUAUUACAAAACAUGUGCCAAUUGUAAGUGUGUUUAAAAGAUUGAUUCGUGCAGAAUCUUACCCAAGCUAAUGCGUGAAUUAGAAUGCAAAUCAUCAUAGAUGCAGAGUAGAAUCAAAACUGAUACCCAAGCUGGGAGCUAUUUUCCAGUUUGGCAUAUAAUGAAUUGAUUGGAGCAGGACAUGUUGUCUAUUUUAACUCAAUCCACUGCUCUCUUUGGAUUUCUUUAUCAUCGUUGUAUUUUGUUGCAUCUGGAUCUCUGAGAAAAUUUAUAUCUUAUGUCCCUUUUUUAGGUUGGUGCAAAAGCAUCAUCACUGUUCUAUUACUAAUGUGGUCGUAACUUAGGCUACUGUCCGAGGCUUCUUGUGUCCCCUUCUUAGGUUGGCACACAAGCUGUAAUUUAGGCUACCGUUGCAAUGAGGACAGAACACAGGAUAUGGUAAUAAUUGGUACUGUCUAGAGUGCUCGAGUAAAUCUAUGGAAUUUAUCAUGUUAGCAACACUGACCUAGGAAAAAGUUACAAGUAGAGAAUUUUGUACUAAAUAGGCCUGAUUUGUUUGAUUUGUGGAUAUGACGUCUGCACCUUAUUUGUGAGCUGCCACGAAAUUAACGAAAAAGAAAAUGUAUUAUUGUGAUUUGUUACUAAUAUACUGACCACAAAUUUUGGUGUUCAGUUUGUCAUUUAUGCAUCCUACAGGACAGUAGUACUGAAUUAUAUAUGAGUUCUCGAGAGAACAAAGUUUGUUAUCCAGCAGAUGAAUGGUAGAAGUACAUUCAGAUUUAGUCAGGUUUCAGGUUUGUGACAUUUAAUUUUUGCAGUCUCAUGUGAAUGAAAGACCCUGUGUGUCUCUGACUUGCAACUGAUUUGAGGCUCAAACUUUGCCAUUUGAUCUCCUACCAGUAGCUCCAGUGCAUUAUUAUCGUUGUUGGAUUUGCAUGUACUACAUAAGCAAAGGGUAGAUGCCAUGAAAAAAGCACAUUAGGAAGUAUUUGUACCUUUUAGUUAUUAUUAUCAUUGUGUUUGUUCUGGCCUACAAGGAUCUCACUUAGAUAUUACCAAUUUUCAUCAGGGUUCUAUAUGCAGUGUUCAUAGAUUCCUUGCAUUGUUCAGUUACCAAUUUUUGUAAGGGUCAUACUUAAUGGACCAUGGCACACCCUUCCAAUGCAGGUUGCUUCCAUGACAAUACUUCAAAUAUGGGAGCCUGGUUUGCCUAUCAUCAACAGGUUUGGACUCUCUUUGCGUGGGCAUUUUUUUUUUCAAAGCGUACUUGUAUAAAAUAAACUGUAUUGGUGUUCACUUUAUAUCUGUCCAUGGUUUUGCUCACAUCACAAAUAUUUGACAGCUAGAUAGUUCCCGAGUUCGGUGCAACCGAAACACUUAUAAUCCAGUCCAACAUAGAUUGUUUACCCCUAUUUGACAUUCAUUUAUCUUUCUCGAUUAUUCUUCCAUGAAGCUUUUAAAUCUGCUAGAAAGGCCUGAUUGUUUGUUCAUACAAUUUAAGUUGGACAUUGCAUUUAUUUUCCUUGAUUAUUCUUCCAUAACGCUUUCAAAUCUGCUAGAAAGAGAUGCAUACAUCACGUACUUCUUUUUGCACGUGUAGUUCAGUUAUAUCUAGAUCUGAUAAUGAUUCAUCACACUUGAGUAAAUUACCUUACAGAUUAAGGCGAGAAAUCUAGAUUUUUAUUUUGUGUUUAGCUAAUUGUUACUCCCUCUGUAAAGAAAUAUAAGAGCGUUUAGUAAACGCUCUUAUAUUUCUUUACAGAGGGAGUAUGUCUCAAGACAUGACAAUGCAUAAUAAUAGUUGUUGUAAGGGAGUUGAAACUCAUGAGAAGUGAGAAAAAAUGUAAGACUAAUCCAUUGACUACCAGGUUUAUGAGUGGCCUUAUUACUACGUGGAAGGUACCUCUUAAUUCCUUCUUUUUAUGUGGGGACCCUCUUCAUUCCUUGAUCAUAGCAUGGCUUGAGGCGAAGCUAAGUGGAGGCAAAGAAAUAUCAGACAUAGUCGGCGGCAAGUUGGUUCUACCAACGCAGGAAUGUUGUUGUUGACGAAUGUGAAAUAUCAGUGAUUCACUAUCAUUAAUAAUUUGGUGUUCAUAUUCAUAUAUACAUUUUGUGAUCACCUUAUGCAAAAUGUUUUUUGGAAUGUAUGUUUCUGAAAACAA